AUGGAGCCGCUACUCUCUGAAUUCGCAGGAGAAUUGCCUAAAGCGAGUCGUAUUGAAGUACUGAGUUGUCUGAAUAGUGGUUUAAAUGGUGUAAACGUAGACUGUGCAGCUACUUCUCUUUGCCGAACCUUCGGAGUUGGAGCUUUGCUGCUAUCAAUUUGCAAUACGAUAUUGAAGUGUAGACAUUCCACCCGGGGAAGGAAAUGUAUAAAUGUCAGAAAAGAGAUCAAUCAGGUCUACAUCGCUACGGAGCUUCAAAGCCUUAUUGCCUCAUCGCAUCGUAACAACUGCAAUGCCAACGUCAUUCACUCAAUAUCUGCUCUUCAAUAG